AUGACCGCAUAAGCGCAGGAACCAAACUUUAGCUUGUAGCAGUAAAUGUAGCACAACAGCUAAGUUAUCAGUAUCCAAAAUAAAAGCUGUCGGAAGCACGUUAUCUCGUGUAUUACCGCUUUCAACGUUGAUAUGGAGCUGUAGACAGGGUUUAUAAAGAGAGUGCUAGAGGAAUGGUCUGACUGCAGCAGCAGCACCAGUAAAGAUGCACAGCCGUCUGCAGGAGCUGAAGAAGGAAGAGGAGACUCUCCUCAAAAUCAAAGUGAUGCUACAAGACCAACUGAACAGGUUGAAGUUUGAAGAAGGGGCCUUGAAAUCUAUCAUUAAUGCUCAAACAGAAGAAGGAGCCUCUCAACGCCUAUCCCCAGAAACUGAGGUUCAUAUUAACCUUGAUGAUGAGAGUGAGAUCAAUCAAACCAAACUGCUACUGAAUGCCGCCGUAGAUUAUGAUAUGGAGGAGGAGGAGGAGGAAGAAGAUGAUGAUGAGGAGGAAGAUGAAGAAGAUGAUGAGGAAGAUGACAAUGAGCUUGGAUUUGUGCCUGAGGAGGAUGAGGAGGAAGAUGAUUACUGAUAUUCUCAGUGUUUCAUGGGGCUUCUAUGUUUGCACCACUGAAGAAGAACCACGUGUGAACGGACAGCCAUUUAUUUGUUCGCUCGUUUUGUACUAUCACUUAUGAAGUUUAAUUUAUUUUAAUGGAGUAACAGUUAUAGUGUACUGAUGUGUGGUGCUAACAGUAUCCUCUCCUUUGCCUGAUUCAAGGCAUGUCAUCGGGAUUUCAAACUGUUAGAAUUCAUGUGUCAAACUUUGUGAGAAAUGUCUCACUGAAAUGCAGUAAGACAGUGUUAUUAGGUGCUUAUAGCUUACUAGAUAUAUUGUGCAUUUUGAAGAUAAACUGAGCAGCAAUUCCCUUGAGAAUCAGAUGCUGAGAUGUGUCUGUUAGCAUGAAAAUUUAUGGCUGGGCCAUAUGAGAAUAUAGUGUGUAUGCACUAUGUAAGAAAUUAUAAUUGAAAGCACAAAAUAAAAUGUUUUGCAUAGGGUCCACCUGACUGAUUUUUACAAUGUGCACCUCUGUGUGGAUAAAGGGAUACCCGCCAAGAAAGUUACAAUUUUCCCUAAUUACAAACUGUGGGUAACGAGGAAUUAAAAAGUAUCUUAAAAAGAAAAAGGUAUUUUCUUUUUGUGUGAAACUUGAAGAAAGAAAAGAGAGAAUAAAACUGUAGAUACAUUUAAUCAUGUUGACAUGCGUCAGCUGGAGAGGAAUCCAAACUAUCUCAGGGACAAACACGUACAUAGUUCCUCAAUCCAUCCAUACAGAGAAUAUCAGAGAUGAGUCUGCCACUCAAA